UAGCUGGUCGUCCAAUGUGUUUUUCAGGUGUGGUUUGUUACAUGGAGCCCACAUGUGGGGCCACUCCUGCUCUGCACAGAAUGAACCUGGUGUUUGUGACUUCACUUCCUCUCAGUAGACUUCAGCAGUUUGCUGCUUUACUGAAGUGAAUAUGAUCACCUGUGACCUGUAAAAGGAACAUGCAGAUCUCUGUUAUGGACACUACAGACUUCACCCGAGGCAGGGAAACUCCUGAAUGCAUCACCUGUCUUUCUGAAAGUAAUGAGUGUUGUAAACAGGCUCAGGGUUGGUGAACGCUGGAAAAGAUUCACUCUCCAUCCAACAGGUUCUUAUUUUCUGUCCUCAUCUCCCUGACAGCUUCUGUGUCUACAAACCUGAAUGCAACCCAGAAAGUAUACAGGGACAGAAGAUGUCAAGUCACAAGGAAGGAGAAACAACUUGUUAGCCCUGGGUUUUACCUCUCAGGUUGUUGGGGCUAUCCUGCAGACGCUACUCAAAACAUUUCAUCUGUGUUUCUGUUUACAGUGAACGCUGCAGAGGUUAACGUUGGAGAAAUGGAGCUUUCAUGUGUUUCCUGCAGGUCGAUGUGUUUGUGUUUGUCUGUUAACCCUUUCACGGCUGAGUCUCAUCAGCUUCCACCAGCUGCCCGUUCCCUUUUCCAGAGUCUGACAGCGAAGAUUAGAUAAAGUUUCCAAAUAUCGUGGUUUUGGGUUUUAUUAGUUGGGUUGUAUCAGUGACCCUGUAUCACUCUCUGCCUCUGUGUGCUCAUCCUUUAGUUUUUGUUGCAUUACGUUCGUCCUUGUGUCUUGUUGGUAGCUUUACUUCCUGUUUUAUUUUGUGAUCAUCUGUGUCUGGUGUUUUUGUCAACAUUAGGAAGUGUAACCUACAACACUGACUGACUUGACGGUUACCAGCUGAUGUAGCUAGAGGGGUCCACAGUUAACCAGUAACGUAGUUAACGUGCUGAUGUUCUGUUUGAAAGACGUCCACAGACUGACCGUUGUUUCAGAAACACACAUCGUGUGGAGAGAAAGUAGAAGCUGCCACUGUGACUCCCGUGUUAUUAAUCUGAAACAUGUGACAGCCAAUCAGAUUAGAAGAGAAACCAGCAGCAUGUUGGAGGAGAUCAAUUUCACUUCACGUCAGUUUCAGUUCCUCCUUUGUUUUUAACAGGACGCUGAAGUCUCUCUCUGGAAGCUGUUGCAAGAAGACGCCCUGGGGAAACGUGAGUCAGAGCUGGACAGAGGAGAGAGAGAGAGAGAGACCGUGUCCUUUCAGUUCAGGUCCGGCCCGUCUGCAGAUCCUCUGAUGAGGAAAUGAACAACUUCCUGUGAAUGUGUCUCCAUCCAGAGGAGCAGAGAGGAAGUGUCCCUGAAGGCAACACGCCUGUGCGUGCUUCAUGUGGCGUGGGAGGAGUGACAGCCCUGAGAGGGUGCAGGAGAGAAGACGCAGUCAGCAGGUCGACGUGUUCAGGGCCGGUCUCCAGCUGCAGAACCAGGCAGGAUCACAGCUGUUUGGUGGCAGCAGGACCAGAGAGGGACGCCGUAGACCCGGCUGAGACGGACCUGAUGGCUCGAGCUCCAGGUGACCCCCCCAGUGGUUCCAGUCUGACCACCAAGGAGCUGCAGCAGAACUGGAGGGCCUUGAAGCAGGGCGAGCGACCCGUCCGGCUGCUGUUUGAGAUCCCGUCCACUCGGAUCGUCGAACACGCUCCGUCCAAACACGUGGUGUACGAGAUCGUGGUGAUGCGUUCUGGCAGCUUUGAUUCCCGCCAUGUGUCGGUGGAGCGCCGCUACAGUGAAUUUUCCCGCUUCCACCAUCAGCUGCUGGGGGAGUUCAGGGAGGAGCUGGAGGAGGUAGUUCUGCCCCGGAAACACCUGACCAGGAAUUUCAGCCCCGAGGUCAUCUCCGAGCGCCGCCUCGCUUUGCAGGACUACUUGGCCAAACUGUACGCCAUCCGCUGCAUCCGGCAGUCUCCCCUUUUUUCCGGGUUCUUCACGGAGCCAGAGCAGAGGCGAGGACAUGGUCUGCUGCGAGCGGGACAGUUUCAGCUGGCCGUGGAGCAGCUGCAGACCGUUUUGGACAUCCAGGAGAAGCUCUUACCGUGGCAGAAGCCCACCCUGACCGUACCGACCCUUGCCGCCCUCGCCGUCUGCUACCGGGACCUGGAGGACCCAGAACAGGCGUUUGCCGCCGCUCAGAGCGCUCUGCCUGCGGUGAGACGCUACGGGCUGAAACACUACAGAGCCGCGCUGCUGGACCUGAUGGUGGACACGGGAUACCAGCUGGGCCGACCCGUGGCCCAGCUGCAGGACGAGCUGACCAUCCUGAGGGACGCCGAGAGGGGGGAGGUGUCCUCCCGCUCUCUGAAGGAGCUGGUGGUCCAGGAGUUCGUCUGAGGACUGAGGAGGUGAUCAAUACACAAACUAGAGGCGCCGUUACUCUGAUCGGCUGAUCGUUUGAUGGACCGAUCGGCGAUCGACUUCCUGACCGACGCAUCAGAUUCUACAGAAGCUGCAGAAAUGGAACCAGAAUCAACACAGGAAGCAGCUCCUCAGCGUCCCUCUGUUCAACAGCUGAUGGCUUUGAAACUUCAGUGAUUUAUUCAAUUUUUAUUAUACCUUCAUUUCACCAGGGAAGUUAAUUCAGAACAGAUUCUGGGAGGAGAGGAAGGCCUCCUGUAGCGAACAGGUACAUCUAAAUAAAACAACAUACACAACAGACAGAAGACGCAGGACAACAACAAACCUUAUAAACCAGGUACGAAGACACCAAAGGAAGGAAUAAUGGAAGACAUGAUAACAAACUAAGACAUGUGCUGAUGUACAGGGAGGAGAUGAAGGUUGAUGUUUGUGAACAUCAUUUAUGUCAGCAGGUGCUGGCUGUUCACCCUCUGCAGGAAACAAAGAGAACCUGCAGAGGAACUUUCAUCACAAACUGUUUCAACUACACACAAAGGAAACGCCACAAUUACUCAACAUGCUUCACUGUGUGUGGUCACCUCAUCUCAGAGACAGAGACAGGCGGGACUAUUUAAAAGCUGCUCAUUCUUAAAUGUGAGGCGAUGCUGCAUUGAGGUUACUUAUCCUUGUAGCAGUAUUAAACCCUCUGAAACACCUUCAGUGUAACUGACGCAUGACCUGCAGGGAACUCUGGGUAAUAAUCAGGCAGGGCUGAGUAAUACGAUGAAAAUGUUAUCACGAUAGAAACUUUCAUAUCAAAUCAAUAAUUAUCAGGAUAAAUGUCAGAUCUUUAUUUCUUUCAGGUCUGAUUUCUGCUCCUGAGUGAAAGUUAAUGUGGUUUUAAACUUUUCUUUUUGCUCAGAACAAACAGAGGAUCACUUCACAGAUCUGAGGCCGAACUUUCAGAACUGUUCUGAUGAAAUUUGUUUCCAACAAAUCUGCAUGAGGAAAAUUAAGUUAAUCUUUUUUUCAUCAACUAUAUAAAUGUCUUAAUAGGAAAUGUAACGUUGAUUCGUUCAUGAUUCAAAUAAAUUAAAUCAAAUAUUUA